UAGGGCCAACUCGGCUAUUAGAUUUUUUGACUCCUCUCUUCUUUACUCACUCUCUCGCUCACAACAUCGUUGUUUGUCUGCGAUUUUUAGGAAACAAACACAUCUUCGGAGUUUCGUUCUAGGUUUUGAGAAACAGAGUGGUUUGAAAGAUGGAUGAUGAGGAGGUGGAGGUGUUUCCAAGGUUCACUGAGCUUCCAAGUCAGGUGGGUGCUCAUCUCAAAAAGAUGCUUGAUUAUUUGAAACAUGCCAGUCUUCAAGGUGUUCUGCCCCAGUUCAGAUCAUAUGAGCACAUCUAUAAAGUAUUAGACACAGAUGGUAAUCUGAGAUGUUUAUUCAAAACCGUAGUUGAUAAUCAAGAGGACUCAGCUAGAAAUGAAGCCAUUGUCUACCUGCUGGAUCACCCUGAGAAUGGUCACAGAUCAUUGUCUGAAGACAUAUAUGGCUUCUCUGGAGUGCUGCCAACACUGUUUGUACGACGGCUGAAGAUAGGAACCAACACAGUCACGGGUGCGUUGGUUGAAUUUGUAGAGCCCACGGUUGAAAUUGUUGAGGUUGAUGAUGCUCCUGUUGUGCCAAUGGACGAGAUUCAGAAGGUUGCGAUAGCAGACUUGAGAUUCGGGAAUACUGAUAGGAGUCUGGAUAAUCUUCUCCUUGCGGGAAACAACUCGAUUGUCCCAAUUGACCAUGAGAUGAUUUUUGACACUGAUUACAAUAUUUGCAAACCGUGUUGGCUACAUUGGUUGCGGGAUAGUGAAGAGUCAUUCUCUGAGCGUUGUGCCAACUAUCUGCAGCAACUAGACGCUGAUAAGGAUCUCGAGUUUCUUAGUACAUGUGGAUGGCAGCCUGGGCUGGAUUUCAUCGAGAAAUUAAAGGUCUUCUGCAUAUUUUUGAGGCUCGCUGUUUCUCAGGGAUUGACUGUUUUACACAUUGGUAAAAUGGCUUCUUUAAAAUGUGAAGAACCCAUAUUCAAUUUGAAAUACAUGGUUGAUGGAGUUACGAGGGAUGAUGGCAAGUUUUUCGAAAGUGUAGAGAGCCAUUUGAAAGAGCUCCUGAGGGAAUAUUACGAGAGUAUUUGAGUAACAGAUGCAAGAUGAAGGAAAGGAAGGAGAUGGGACCAUGGAGGCGUAUUUAGGGUUUUGGUUUGAGUUGUAUUUUUGCUUAAUGAAAUUGGAUUUUUAGCUGCUUAUGAUGUUUAG